GUGCGUGUAUGUGUUUGUGCGUGUGUAUAGAUGUGCUGUUGUGCGGCAGACUGCAGGCCAGUGCGCAUAAACCCAGGCUUGUGAACAGGUGCCAUCAACACUGGGAGCCUCUCUCUAUCACAUGCCUGACAUACUGGGCUUUUUGAUAGUUGCAGGAAAUAUGUGAAGCGCUAUUUAUUCUGUGUGCUUUGAGAGUAGGGCAGACGCUAUUAUUGGUGCAGGGUUUGGACUGAGAGGUGAUUGUUUAAGUGCAUUGUUGGUGUUAAAGUCCCACUGGUGACAUCAUUACCACAGGACUGCAUGGAUCAGCUUUUCUCUGCUCAUCGAUGAAAAAAACAGAUAUCCAGCAGCAGCAGCAGGUUCUCUGUAGCUGUUUGACGGACCAGAGGGACAUUCCUGCAGACUCUACUGGCAUGUGGGGCCUCAGAGGAAGGGGGGCAGGCCCUAUAAACAACGUCCUUGUCUAUAUAAUUGUUUCCACCUAAAACAUAGUCUGUUUUGCACUGUAACAUGGAUCCAAGUUUCCUACUGUGAGUUAAGUGAACUCAGCUCAUUAGGAUUCCUGUUGCAUAGAGCAGAGCAGGAUUACAGAUCAUCCCAUGGCCCAGUUUCCCAGAUUUCAGAAAGGGACACAAGUUGUAACAAAUAGAGCCAACCUUUGUUCUCUGUUGGUUUAUUUAUUUAUUUAUUUUUACUCCUUUUGCCCUCAGUUCUCUCCAGUUCAGAAAAGAGACUGCAAGUAAAAGAGAAAAAGGAUCUGCAUUGAGCUAAUAACACAAAGGCCUUACAGUACACAGCUGCACAGGCUUCGCUUCUGCAACUUAACACUAUAACACUAAAUAACACUAUAUAUCCUAAAAAAUAAAUGUAUCUUUACCAGCGGCAACAUCAGUGGAUGACCUUAAAUCUUUUUUGUCUUCUCCUCUCAGCCUGCCUGCACAGCUCAGUAUGUAUCCAACUGGAGGGAUAUCUGCAAGCAUAUAUGCCAACAGGCUGAGGGCAGAAGGCAUGGGGUCCAACGAACAGGCUGUGCAUUUUGCCAACCAGGAUUAUGAGGCGCUGAAGCAACAGUGUUUGGAGUCGGGAUGCCUGUUUGAGGACCCAUGUUUCCCAGCUGAGCCUCCAUCUUUAGGCUUUAAAGAACUCGCCCCUUACUCCUCCAAAACCCGAGAUGUGGAAUGGAUGAGGCCCACGGAAUUGGCAGAUGAUCCUCAGUUCAUCGUGGGCGGUGCCACCAGAACAGACAUUUGUCAGGGAGCACUGGGGGACUGCUGGCUGUUAGCGGCCAUUGCUUCGCUCACCCUGAAUGAGAAGCUUCUUCAUCGGGUUGUUCCACACGGUCAGUCCUUCCAGGAUGACUAUGCAGGCAUCUUUCAUUUUCAGUUCUGGCAGUUCGGUGAGUGGGUAGACAUUGUGAUAGAUGACAGAUUGCCUGUCAAGGAUGGGGAGCUCAUGUUUGUCCACUCUGCUGAGGGCAAUGAAUUCUGGAGUGCGCUGCUGGAGAAGGCUUAUGCUAAGCUGAAUGGCUCCUAUGAGGCUCUGUCUGGAGGGAGCACCACUGAAGGGUUUGAAGACUUUACAGGUGGUGUUUCUGAGAUGUAUGAACUCCGCAGGGCUCCUAAAGAUCUGUACAGGAUCAUCGGCAAAGCUCUGGACAGGGGCUCUCUCCUGGGUUGUUCGAUCGAUGUAAGUGCUGAACACAGUGGCACAAAACCAAGACAUGUAGAUCAACGUUGCAUUAAUUAUAUAAAGAGCAUUUCAAUUUAUUUCUGUGUAAGACUGCUUAUAUUUACUGUACAGAUUACCAGUGCCUUUGACAUGGAGGCUGUUACGUUCAAGAAGCUUGUGAAGGGCCACGCCUACUCAGUCACAGGAUUAAAAGAGGUAGAUUUUCAAGGCCAAAUGGAACGUCUGAUCAGAGUACGUAACCCAUGGGGCCAGGUGGAGUGGACUGGUGCCUGGAGUGACAAUUCCCCUGAAUGGGAUGAGAUUGACCCUUCUGAGAGAGAAGAUCUGCAUCUGAAAAUGGAGGAUGGGGAGUUCUGGAUGUCCUUCAAUGAAUUCAAGAGACAGUUUUCCCGAAUAGAAAUCUGUAACUUGACUCCAGACGCUCUGAGUGAGGACAGUCUCAGCCACUGGAACACAAUGAAGUUCUACGGCACAUGGAGAAGAGGCAGCACCGCUGGAGGCUGCAGGAACCAUCCUAACACAUUCUGGAUCAACCCUCAGUAUAAGAUCACAUUGCUUGAGGAGGAUGAUGACCCUGAGGAUGAUGAGGUGGCUUGCAGUUUCUUGGUGGCUCUCAUGCAGAAGGACCGCCGCAGAUACCGACGCCAGGGUCAGGACAUGCACACUAUUGGAUUUGCUCUAUAUGAGAUUCCAGAGGAGUAUAGAGGCUGCCAGAAUGUACACUUGAAGAAAAACUUCUUUUUGAGUCAUUCAUCAUGUGCUCGAUCUGAAACCUUCAUUAACCUGCGGGAGGUGAGCACACGGCUUCGCCUUCCCCCUGGAGAAUACCUCGUUGUCCCUUCCACUUUUGAACCUGGAAAAGAGGCUGACUUUGUCCUCCGAGUCUUCACUGAAAAGCAGUCAGAAACAGAAGAACUGGAUGAUGAAGUGUGUGCAGAUUUAGAGGAUGAGGAAGAAAUAACUGAAGAUGACAUCGAUGACUCCUUCAAGUCCAUGUUUGCUCAGCUAGCAGGAGAGGAUAUGGAGAUUUCUAUUCGUGAGCUUAAGACCAUUCUGAACAGAGUCAUCUCCCGCCACAAAGAUCUGAAGACAGAUGGCUUCAGUAUGGAAUCAUGUCGGACCAUGGUCAACCUUAUGGAUAAAGAUGGCAGUGCCCGUUUAGGGUUGGUGGAGUUCCAGAUCCUCUGGAACAAGAUCCGAAAGUGGCUGGUCAUUUUUAGAGAGUUUGACCUUGACAAAUCAGGGGCCAUGAGCUCAUAUGAGAUGCGUCUUGCUGUGGAGGCUGCAGGUUUUAAACUGAAUAACAGACUGAACCAGGUUCUGGUCGCCCGUUAUGCUGACAAUGAGAUGAUUGACUUUGACAACUUCAUCUGCUGCUUGGUCAAGCUUGAAACCAUGUUCAGGUCUUUCCAGCAGCUUGACAGAGAUGGGUCUGGAACAGCUGAGAUGACUCUUACAGAGUGGCUUUACCUGACCAUGUGUGGCUGAGUGGGACAUUCUCUACCAGAGGAAGUAUCCAGUAAAAAGGUGCAGUGCCAUGCAGACCGUCAUGAGCCUGGAGCCCUCAAGAUCCCCAGCCUUAGUGACCUGCUGACCUUUUAACACAUCCCACCUCAGUGAACACAUAGUAGUAAAAGAGCUGUAAAAUGGUCAACCAAAGUCCAACUAACCCAAGUGUCUCCCACUUGAAUGCCAAAAUCUAUGCAAACCCACCCUGCGGCGCAAUCACCAUACUGCUAUCACAGCAUGAUUAAGUGCAUGACAGAAAGAUCAUUAGGGGUACUGAGCAUUGUAGCGUGAGAUAUCAUAACAUAUAGUUUUGCUUUUUGUACGAAUGUCAACUGAUAUACUAAUGUUUAACAAAGUGCUCUCCUUAAAUUGAAACUUCAUUAAAUUCUAUUUUGUUGAAACAGGAACAAAAAAGAAAAUGAACAAUCUGAGGGAUCUGUUGCCACUAUGUUUAUCAAAUGUCUUACAGUAUCUCCCCAUUCAUGCUGUAUGUUUGAUACUUUUUGAUUUUAUAACGGAAGUAUUCUUAUUAGGAAAUUAUUUUUUAAGUUGGUAGUUUUAUUAUUGCACCUGCAGAUGGCAGCAUAGGCAUGAUGUCUAUAAAAAUGGGUUUUUUUUGACUCAAAGGUUUAACCUGUUUAUAUAUAACAUAUUUGUUUCCUUAGCUGAUUGGUUUUUUUUUUAUUAUUAUUAUUUUGCACUGGGAUUAAAGUUUAAUAUAAUUUUGGUAGACAUCAGUAAAGAAUAUUCUAUCACUGGUCACAUAGUGACAUUUGCAGGGAUCACCUGGUACUGAACGCCUUAUACAUGACACCAUGUUUAAACAGUUAUUACUUAUCACUGCUAUUAAAAUUGUGCCAGUCAUGUGUUUUGUGUCGUGAAUGUAUGUUGUGCCUUAAAUAAAUAUUUCCCCCUACAUUCAU